AGAUGCUUUCCCCUCCAACAUCAUGUGAGCCCUGGAUUUAAUUUUGAUGCCAACGUAAGGAGGGUGGGAGGAAGUGAAGCCUCACUUCUGCAUUCUCCCCUGCCUCCGGGUCUGUGUGGGAGCCCUAAUUCUCUUCCAACUCUAUGUCUGGGUGAUAUUGGCUGGAAAGUGGACUAGCAGACAGGCGUGGUAAGGAAGCUGCUGCAGCUGACCUGUCAAAUCAGAGAGACUGCAGGAUGGAUGGAACAAGCUCAUCUGCUUAGCUGUUUUGAUUAGGAAGGCACAGGAGAAGAGAUUAAUCACUGCAGAUGUUGGGGCUGGGAAGCAGAUGCUAGAAGAUGCUUAAAGAUACCAAGAAGUAAACUCUAGACAGCCGUGAAGAUGAGCAAUGAAACCACCCCAGAGGCAGUCUCUUCCCCCCCAGUCUCCUCCCCGCCCCCCCAAGGACAGCGUUACUUCGAUCGAUUCUCUGAAGAUGACCCGGAAUAUCUGCGCAUCCGGAACAUGGCGGCCAAUCUCCGACAGGACUUCAACAUGAUGGAGCAGAAGAAGCGAGUCACCAUGAUCCUACAGAGCCCAUCUUUCAGAGAGGAGCUGGAGAGCCUUAUCCAAGACCAAAUGAAGAAAGGGAACAACUCCAACAUCUGGGCCCUGCGACAGAUCGCGGAUUUCAUGGCCAGCACUGCUCCCUCUGUCUUCCCCACCUCGCCCAUCAGUCUCUCCAUGGUGACACCUAUCAACGACCUCUAUAGCACAGAGUCACUGUCCCUAGCGAAAGGGGAGCGUCUCAUGCGUUGCAAGGUUGGCAGCAUCUACCGACUGCUGGACCUGUACGGCUGGGCGCAGCUCAGCAACACCUACGUCACGAUGCGUGUCAGCAAAGAACAGGAUCACUUCUUGAUCUGCCCUAAAGGUCUUUCGUGUAAUGAAGUCACCGCUUCUAGUCUGAUUAAAGUGAACAUCCUGGGUGAAGUGGUGGAGCAGGGCAGCACCAGUUUUUCUGUGGAUGCUGGAGGAUUCAGCCUGCACUCAGCCAUCUAUGCAGCCAGACCUGACGUCAGAUGCAUUAUCCACUUGCACACGCCUGCCACUGCAGCGGUGUCUGCCAUGAAAUGUGGCAUUCUGCCUGUAUCCCACGAUGCAUUGCUGCUGGGCAACAUGGUGUACUUCGAUUUCAAUGGAGAGAUAGAGGAAGAGGCAGACAGGAUUGAGCUACAGAAGUGCCUUGGACCAACCUGCAAGAUCCUGGUGCUGCGAAAUCAUGGCGUGAUCACGCUGGGAGAUACAGUGGAGGAAGCUUUUUAUAAAACCUUUCACUUGCAGGCUGCUUGUGAGAUUCAGGUCUCUGCCUUGUCUAGCGCUGGGGGAGCUGAGAAUCUGAUUGUGCUGGAGCGGGAGAAGUACAGACCCCACGACGUUGGGUCAGUCCGAUGGGCUGGGAGCACGUUUGGACCCAUGCAGAAGAGCCGCCUGGGAGAGCAUGAGUUUGAGGCCCUCAUGCGAAUGCUGGACAACCUAGGUUACCGAACAGGCUACACCUACCGGCACCCCUUUGUCCAGGAGAAAAUCAAGCAUAAAAGUGAUGUGCUGAUCCCUGCCACCGUCACAGCAUUCGUCUUUGAGGAGGAGGUUUCUCCCAUUGCCACCCUCCGACAGCAUGCCCAGAAGCAGCAGAAGGAGAAGACCCGUUGGCUAAACACACCCAACACCUACCUACGGGUGAAUGUAGCUGAGGAGAAUCAGAGAAGCGCAGGCAGCCAGCGGACUAAGACCACGUGGAUGAAGGCCGACGAGGUGGAAAAGACCAGCAGUGGGACCCCGAUCCGAAUUGAAAACCCCAACCAAUUUGUGCCUCUCUACACAGACCCACAGGAAGUGCUGGAAAUGAGGAACAAGAUUCGGGAGCAAAACCGCCAGGAUGUGAAAUCAGCAGGACCCCAGUCCCAGCUCUUAGCCAGCGUGAUAGCAGAGAAGAGCAGAAGUCCGUCUGCGGAGAGUAACCUGGCUUCCAAAGCAGACACGGACACACAAGAAGUAUCCCAGGAGGAGAUACCAACUGAGCCAGAGCCCCCCAACCCAUUCAGCCAGCUAACCGACCAAGAGUUGGAGGAGUACAAGAAAGAGGUGGAAAGAAAGAAACUGGGAUUCGAUGGUGAGAGAGACGCGAGCGUGGAGGAAUCUCAGGCUUCUCCUGUGAAGUCCCCCUCUGCUUCCCCACAGCGAAGCCCCACAAAGUCUCCACCAAAGAGCCAACCCGAGUCUCCCGCGAAGUCCUCAGAUGGUGCUAAGAAGACGGACACCAGCCAAGUCCUUGCUGAUCCCACUGCUGCUGGAGAGAAGACGCAGCCAGCAGCGGUGGUCGUGAAUGGGAAAGAUGACGACCAAACUGCAGAAGACACCCUAAGCAAAGGAAUGAGCCAGACAACCACAGCCACAGAUGCCGACCCAGAUGCCCCUAAGGACAAAACUGAGUCAAUUACUAGUGGGCCUGUGUCCCCAGAAGGCUCGCCAUCCAAAUCUCCCUCCAAGAAGAAAAAGAAAUUCCGGACCCCAUCCUUCCUGAAAAAGGGCAAAAAGAAGGAGAAGGCUGAAUCUUGAUUCCUCUCCAGGCCUUCUCCUCCUGCUGCUUCCUUCCUUCUCCCCAACCCACCAAGGUCACCAGAGCAGUAGAGGAAGCUGAUAGCCAAUAGCUGCCUCUCCUAGAAUGGUUUGUGCUGAGAUAGAACCAGAGUUUGAGGGUCCUGGAAUGACUCCUGUGUAAUACGUGUGGCUGAGACAACAUCUAGACUUUGGGGAAAAUGAGGUGAAUUUUCUGGGUACUCAUGGCGCGAAACAUAUCGUUCCGUGUUAAACUGGUUUUUGAAGAAGUAAGCAAGCUUAGGAAUGAUUGUGGUCCUUAUUUUCUGCUCAAGGGGGCUAGUCACUAAUUUCACAAGCUGUAAAAGUGGUUCUCUGUACCAGUUCCUCCUUGUCACAGCACUAAUGCUCCAAACCAUUUAUCUCCUGUGGGUGGAGGUUUUUCCACAUGCUGCUACCUUUACAGCCCAUGUGGCCACCUUUUAGAAAUAAUUUGGUGCAAGAACAGACCCUCAUGAAAGAGGAGGGGACAUUGACAAUGAUUGAUUCCCUUUUUCCAGUUCUGCAGUGGAAUUCUGGCUAAUUACCUUGUUGCAAUUUGCCAUAUAAUCUCAAAUGAGACGAUCCAAUUUUAUCACAGUCCAAAGGUGAGGAUUGCUGUCCUAGAAGGAAGGGUCAGGCUGUGGACCCAUGACCUUUUGCUUCCUUGGUGACUACCUUACACGUAGGCCAACAAGCCAUUUUCAAGUUCCUUUCUAGCCAGAAUGGUGACACCAAGUUAUCUAACGAUCCAUUUGCUGAAGUAGUGAAGCCUCUUGGAAAUGACUGUUGUGUCUUUGUCGGUGGGGAAGUACGCAAAUCCGUCCAUCACAAUAACACACAAGAUAACGUGUCCCACUAUAAAUAUAGUGGUAAGAGUGGGGAAGGAAAAAAGCCUCCAGGAACUCUCUAUGUUAAGUUUAAGAAGCAAGAAAAUUUCAGUCACUAAGUGCUAUUUUGUUAGUUUGGAAUAAAUGCACGCUGACGAUAUCACUCCUGUAAUAAUCACUACAGAAUGAAAAGCCUAUAGAAAAUGUGACUUCACCCCCACUUGCUGCGCUACUAAUUAAUUGCACUUAGAUGAGGCUGUGAUGCAGAUACGAGACCUGUUAGCACUUUUCAUUGUGUUCAGCUUCCGCUGGCUCAGCACAUGCCAUUCUGGACUGGCAGCGAAGAGGGGUUGUGAGUGCAUUCCCUCUUUCCCACCCACACCCUCCCACCAACCCCAACUCCAGAGUGAAAAUGAAACACGAGUUCACACCUGUGACGUGUUAUUGCCAACUGGCUUAACCUGCCCCCAAUCUCUAACCUUCAUCUCCUCUUCAAAAUAACACAAAGUUACCAACAGAUGAGGAUUAUUACAAUUUACAGUCAGAGAAUCAUAGAAAUAUAGGGCUAGAAGGGUCAUUGAGAGAUCAUCUAAUUCAUCCCCCCAUGCUAAGAUAGGAUUAAGUAAAGCUAGACCAUCCCUGACAGGUGUUUGUCCAACCUAUUCUUAGAAUCCUCCAAUGAUGUGGAUUCCACAACCUCCCUUGGUAACCUAUUCCAGUGCUUAACCAUCUGGAUAGUUUGAAAGGUUGAGCUAAUAUCUAACCUAUCAUGCCACAGUUAAAGGAGAUAAACAGGGCAAUGUUCCUCUGUCAGUUUGAGGACUCUGGCAUUAAAGGUGCUAACCAAAUGAAAUCUUGAUCUUGCCCCAUUGAAACAAGUUUUCCAUUGGUUUAAAUGGGAGCUGGAUCAGAUCCCGAAGGCUUAGGGUCGCGGUUCUCAAACAAUGGGCUAUUGUUAGUCCGCAGA